ACCCUUUCUAGUCAAGCUAAGGAGGAAGCAACGAGGAAGCCUCCUUCGUCCUUCCUCCACUGUCUCUUCCCUCUCUCUGUCUCGCUCUCGGAGUUUAUUCCGCUCUCAGCGCCUCACGCUCCCUUCGAUCUACAGCGUCAAGGUCCGGACGCGCCGGGUGUCAUCUCUCCUGCGACAGCAUGGACGACGCCUCGCCCAAGUCCAGCUCGCCCCGCCGAUCGACGCAUCGGCCGCGCGACGAGGAGAGUGGAGCCGCUGCUGGCGAGGAGAUCGACUGCGACGACACCUUCGUCAUCCCGCCGAAGAAUGCACCGGUGGAACGCCUCAGGCGAUGGAGGCAAGCAGCACUUGUGCUAAAUGCGUCCAGGCGGUUCAGAUAUACUUUGGAUUUGAAGAAGGAGGAAGAAAAGGAGGAAGUAAGGAGGAAAAUCAGAGCACAUGCUCAAGUGAUAAGGGCAGCACUUCUUUUUAAAGAAGCAGGGGAGAGAGAGAAACCAGGAAUUCCUGGAGUACUAGAACAUGAAGAGCUUACUAAAAUGACCAGGGACCGUGACUUCUUUGCUCUACAAAGACAUGGAGGGGUUAAUGGAAUUGCUAGUCUAUUGAAGACUGAUUUGGACAAAGGAAUCAGUGGAGAUGAAGCUGAGAUAGUGCAUAGGAGGAACUCAUUUGGAUCCAACACUUACCCCCGAAAGAAAGGAAGAAGUUUUUUGGUUUUCCUAUGGGAAGCUUGGCAAGACCUAACCCUUAUCAUCCUUAUGAUUGCUGCAGCAGUGUCGUUGGCCUUAGGCAUAAAGACGGAGGGAAUUGAUCAAGGAUGGUACGAUGGAGGGAGCAUUUUCUUUGCUGUUUUUAUUGUCAUAGUUGUAACAGCUUUCAGUGAUUAUAGACAAUCUCUACAAUUCCAAAAUUUGAAUGAGGAGAAGCGGAACAUACAUUUGGAGGUAAUUAGAGGCGGCAGGAGAAUUAAAGUCUCAAUUUUUGAUCUUGUAGUCGGUGAUGUUGUUCCCCUCAAGAUCGGUGAUCUGGUUCCUGCUGAUGGGAUUGUUAUCACUGCCCAUUCUCUUGCGAUGGAUGAGUCUAGCAUGACCGGGGAGAGCAAAGUUGUUCAUAAAGAUCAAAAGGCACCAUUUUUGAUGGCUGGAUGCAAGGUUGCUGAUGGAUAUGGCAAUAUGCUGGUUACUGCAGUUGGCAUGAAUACUGAGUGGGGCAUAUUGAUGGCGAGCAUAUCAGAGGAUAAUGGGGAAGAGACUCCUCUGCAGGUGCGAUUGAAUGGACUUGCUACUUUCAUCGGUAUAGUGGGACUGACUGUUGCUGGAAUUGUCCUGGUAGUGCUUUUUGUCAGAUAUUUCACUGGAAAUACCAAGGAUCCUGAUGGAACUGUGCAAUUUGUCAAGGGACAGACUAGUACAAAAGCAGCAGUAAAUGGAGCCAUCAAGUUAUUCACAGUUGCUGUAACUAUUGUUGUUGUAGCUGUACCUGAAGGUCUUCCAUUGGCUGUUACUCUGACCUUGGCAUAUUCAAUGCGAAAAAUGAUGACAGACAAGGCUCUUGUGAGGAGGCUUUCUGCAUGUGAAACUAUGGGGUCAGCUACGACUAUUUGCAGUGACAAGACUGGAACUUUGACCCUGAAUGAGAUGACGAUUGUGGAGGCAUACAUUGGCAAAAAAAAGAUAGAUCCUCCUGAUAACGCUGAGUUGUUCUCUGCUUCUGUACUGUCUCGCUUAAUUGAUGGAAUUUCUCAGAAUACAAGAGGCAGUGUGUUUCAUCCAAAGGAUGGUGUUAUCGAGCUUAGUGGAUCACCUACUGAAAAGGCAAUUCUUUCUUGGGGGGUUAAGCUUGGGAUGAACUUUGAUGAUGCAAGAUCAAAAUCAUCAAUUAUACAUGUUUUCCCUUUUAAUUCAGAGAAAAAACGUGCAGGUGUUGCCAUACAAUUGUCAGAUUCUGAAGUUCAUGUUCACUGGAAAGGUGCUGCUGAGGUUAUGGUUGCCUCAUGUAUAAGUUGGCUUGAUACAGAUGGUAAACAGCAGCCAAUGGCUCCAGAUAAGAUAAAUGAAUUCUAUAAGUGCAUUGAAGAUAUGGCAGCAGUUAGCCUCCGCUGUAUGGCUUUUGCCUAUAGACCUUUAGAUUUGAAAGAGAUACCGAAUGAAGAGCAUAGGGGUGAUUGGUCAUUGCCUGAAGACCAUUUGAUUCUUCUUGCUAUUGUGGGAAUGAAAGAUCCUUGUCGUUCUGGAGUGAGAGAAGCUGUGGCUUUGUGCACUCGUGCAGGUGUAAAGGUUCGGAUGGUCACUGGUGACAAUCUUCGAACAGCUAAGGCUAUAGCAUUAGAAUGCGGAAUACUUAAGGAUGUUGAUGCUCCUGAGCCGAUUUUAAUCGAGGGGAAAACAUUCCGUACCAAGAGCAACGCAGAACAAGAUGAAAUUUCUGAGAAAAUAACAGUGAUGGGAAGGUCAUCCCCUAAUGACAAGCUUCUUCUUGUGCAAGCACUAAGGAGAAGAGGUCAUGUGGUUGCUGUAACAGGUGACGGCACUAAUGAUGCUCCUGCAUUGCAUGAGGCAGAUAUUGGGCUUGCAAUGGGUAUACAGGGAACAGAAGUAGCAAAAGAAAGCUCUGACAUCAUUAUAUUAGAUGAUGAUUUUGCAUCAGUUGUAAAGGUCGUCCGUUGGGGUCGUUCUGUGUAUGCAAAUAUUCAGAAAUUUAUACAAUUCCAGCUCACUGUCAAUGUUGCUGCACUUGUGAUAAAUGUUGUUGCUGCAUUUUCAUCAGGCGAAGUUCCUUUGAAUACUGUUCAGCUUCUGUGGGUCAAUCUUAUCAUGGACACACUUGGGGCACUUGCUUUGGCAACUGAACCACCUACUGACCACCUUAUGGACAGGACUCCUGUUGGGCGGAGGGAACCUCUUAUCACCAAUAUCAUGUGGAGGAAUCUUAUGGUUCAGGCUUUCUACCAAAUCACAGUCCUCCUGGUCCUAAAUUUUGCUGGUAAAAGCAUUUUGCAUCUAAGGCAUGAAACUCGAGAACAUGCAGACAAAGCCAAAAAUACCUUCAUAUUUAAUACCUUCGUUUUAUGUCAGAUUUUUAAUGAGUUUAACGCACGAAAAGUAGAUGAACUGAAUGUCUUCAGUGGUGUCCUCAAAAAUCACCUAUUUAUUGGAAUAGUUGGCCUUACAACUAUCCUCCAGGUUAUGAUUGUUGAGUUUCUCGGACAGUUCACUAAAACUGUAAGGCUCAAUUGGAAGCUCUGGUUAGUUUCAAUUGCAAUUGCUAUAAUAAGUUGGCCCCUGGCAGUUCUUGGAAAACUUAUCCCAGUACCGAGUACUCCCUUCGCCGAAUAUUUUCGCAGAUGCUCUUUCUGGAGGAAGAAACAAGAUGAUGGGGCAGCGCAGGAAAGUUCCAAUGCUCCUUCAUAAACGAGAACCGUCAUUUGAUAUUUUUUGAUACACAUGCAAAUACGAAGUAUUGUUCCAUAAAGAUAUUAACCCUACUGACAUAGCUAAUGAAUGAAUUGUGCAGCCGCUUCAUUUCCAUGUAAUUUUUGUCUUCUUCUAAUUGAUUUCAACUGUGUAUGAAGGUAUUUUUCAUGUUCCAGCUUUA